CGCCCCCAGGCCCCGCCCCCCCGCCAUGUUGGGGCCUCCCGCGGCGCGCAGGUGUCCUCAUAAGAUGCCGGCGCGGCGGCGCGCGCUCCCCCAAGAUGGCGUCCAUGCGGGAGAGCGACACGGGCCUGUGGCUGCACAACAAGCUGGGGGCCACCGACGAGCUGUGGGCGCCGCCUAGCAUCGCGUCCCUGCUCACGGCCGCCGUCAUCGACAACAUCCGCCUCUGCUUCCACGGCCUGUCGUCCGCCGUCAAGCUCAAGCUGCUGCUCGGGACGCUGCACCUCCCGCGCCGUACCGUGGACGAGAUGAAGGGUGCCCUCACAGAGAUCAUCCAGCUUGCAGCUCUCGACUCUGACCCCUGGGUCCUCAUGGUUGCCGACAUCCUCAAGUCCUUCCCAGACACGGGCGCUCUAAACCUAGAACUGGAGGAGCAGAACCCCAACGUGCAGGAGAUCCUUGGGGAGCUCCGGGAGAAGGUGAGUGAGUGUGAGGCAUCGGCCAUGCUGCCAUUGGAGUGCCGGUACCUGAACAAGAACGCACUGACCACCCUCGCCGGGCCCCUCACGCCCCCCGUCAAGCACUUCCAGCUCAAGCGAAAACCUAAGAGUGCCACGCUGCGGGCGGAGCUCCUGCAGAAAUCAACCGAGACUGCCCAGCAGCUCAAGAGGACCGCGGGGGUGCCCUUCCAUGCCAAGGGCCGGGCGCUGCUCCGGAAGAUGGACACCACAACCCCGCUCAAAGGCAUCCCGAAGCAGGCACCUUUCCGCAGCCCCACCACCCCCAGCGUCUUCAGCCCUGCUGGGAACAGGACCCCCAUCCCGCCUUCCAGGACCCCUCUGCGGAAGGAGAGAGGAGUGAAGCUGCUCGAUAUCUCGGAGCUGGACAUGGUUGGUGCUGGCAGAGAAGCAAAGAGGCGGCGGAAGACGUUAGACACAGAAGUUGUGGAGAAACCAGCCAAGGAAGAGACCAUCGUUGAGAAUGCUACUCCUGACUAUGCGGCCGGCCUGGUGUCGACACAGAAACUUGGGUCUCUGAACAACGAGCCUGCGCUGCCCUCCAUGAGCUACUUGCCAGCUACACCCAGCAUGGUGCCAGCAUCUUCCUAUAUCGCCAGCUCUGAGACACCGCCAGCUUCGUCUUCCCGGGAAGCCAGCCUGCAGGCCAGCCGGCCCCCUGAGGAGUCCAGCACCCCGAGUCCGGCACUGCCCACACAGUUCAAGCAGAGGGCACCCAUGUACAACAGCAGCCUCAGCCCUGCCACACCUGCACCCUCCCCUGCAGCUCCCACCUCGCCCUUGACACCCACUUCGCCCCCAGCUGCUGCGCCAGUGACCCCAACACCCCCCACAGCCCCAGCAGCCCCACAGCCCCAGCCCCCACCACAGCAGCAACUCAAGAAGAACCUCUCCCUCACGAGAGAGCAGAUGUUUGCAGCACAGGAGAUGUUCAAAACGGCCAACAAGGUCACUCGUCCUGAGAAGGCACUUAUCCUGGGCUUCAUGGCCGGCUCCAGAGAGAACCCGUGCCAGGAGCAGGGUGACGUGAUCCAGAUCAAGUUGAGCGAGCACACAGAGGACCUGCCCAAGUCGGACGGCCAGGGCAGCACCACCAUGCUGGUAGACACCGUGUUCGAGAUGAACUAUGCCACAGGCCAGUGGACACGCUUCAAGAAGUACAAGCCCAUGGCUAAUGUGUCCUAGAGCCACGCGGGUCGGGCCAGGACAACCUCCUCCCCCCCCCCCACUCCAGCCUUGGCAUUACUUGGGUGUGGGGUAUUUUGGACUUGAUUUUUAAAAUUUUAAUAUGGGUUAUGAUAUUUUGUGAUUUAAAAUACUUUUUUGGAUUCAAUAUUACAUUUUUGAAUGCUAACCAGAAAAGUUAUAAUAACUUCAAAUUUUUGUCACUCUCAAAAAGAUUUUUCCUUAAAUUCUACUGACA